CCGCGCCUUGAACGGAUCGAUAAUCAUUGAUCAGCUCUGGCUUACACCUUUUUCUGUAACCGACCGGGAUGAGCUCCCCGAUUCCUUAUUCUGCUGCGAUUUCCUGGCCCUAUAUAAACUGUUUGCGCGGCUCGUGAAUUUUUUCAGCUCUACCUGAUAUUCUCCUGUUAACGCUGUCUCUGGUCCUUCCGCCAUCAGAGUUUGAUUGGCUACAGCAUUUUCGUUCGUCCUCUCUCCGUUAUAAAUCAGUGAUGAAGCAGUCCAAAGAUCCGUUUGAGGCAGCGUACGAGGAACAAGAGGAAUCGCCUCCCGAAUCCCCAAUUGCGCAGGAAGGUUCAGAGGCUCAAACGGGUGGUGUAGGUGCAGCACCUUAUGGACAACAAGAUGAUGACACUGGUGGUGCUCGUUGGCCCAAUGCAUCCAAGUCGACUCCCAUGGCUAUAGCUAGCAUAUCCACCAAGAACAAAGAAGAUUACGACGAGGAAGAGGAGGAGAACAUGGAGGUUGAACUAUCAAAAUUCCCUUCUAGCGUCGACCCCUCUAAAAUGGCCAGGAUGCAGUAUGGCAAGCAUUCUUUUCAUGUCUUUUUUUGAAUUGUAUCUACCUAGGUUUUACCCAUCUCAUUUUUUCUACUCAAUUCGUUUAUUUGGUGGAAAUGGCUAUUCCACUUAUUCUUAUUUUUAGGAUAUAAAGCUAUCUCUGAAAAUUCGGAAGUGACUCCUGGAUGCAGAGAGUUGAAUUUGUAGGGUUGAUGUUGUUGUUUUGUUUAUAUUUUGUGUUUUUUUACUUUGUGGAAUAAGAGGUGGUGGUCAAGCAUGUGAUAUGAAAUUAAUUUUGCUUGUUCUGAA